AUGGAACCCGAACGGUGUCCGUCUCUUCCCCUGCUGCUGGCGGUGGUGCAGGUCUGCCUGGCCCAGGCCAAUUACGCCCCAUAUUUCUUCGACAAUGGAGCCAGCAGCACCAACGGGAACAUGGCUCUCUUCAGCCUCGCCGAAGACACGCCCAUCGGGACCCACGUGUACACCCUGAACGGAACGGACCCGGAGGACGACCCGGUCACGUAUGGCAUGACCUUUGAGGCUGGCACCCGGAAUUUCUUCUCCACAGACUCCAACUUCGGAAAUAUCACGCUGGUGGAAGAGCUAGACAGAGAGAGAGAAGAUGAGAUCGAAGCAAUCAUCCAUAUUUCCGAUGGUGUGAACACGGUGGCGGAAAAAGUCCGGAUCCUUGUGACUGACGCCAAUGACGAGAGCCCCCAGUUUAUCGACACUCCCUACAUCGUGCUGGUGCCGGAGGACACUCCUGCAGGGAGCAGCAUCUUCAGAGUCCGGACUGUGGACAGGGACACGGGGGCUGGAGGCAGCGUCACCUAUUUUCUGCAGAACGCCCGGGCCAACAAGUUUACGGUGGACCGCCACAGCGGGGUGCUACGGGUCAAGGCCGGGGCCACUCUGGAUUAUGAGAAGUCAAGGACUCAUUUUGUCACUGUGGUAGCCAAGGACGGCGGCGGGAAGCUCCGUGGAGAUUAUAAAGUGUUCUCUGCCACCACCACCAUCACUGUCAACGUGGAUGACGUCCAGGACUCGCCCCCCGUGUUUGUCGGGACCCCCUACUAUGGCUAUGUCUACGAGGACACCCUCCCGGGCUCAGAGGUCUUGGCAGUGGCUGCUAUGGAUGGUGAUCGUAGCCAACCCAACCCCAUUCUCUACAGCCUGGUGAAUGGGAGUGAAGGAUCAUUUGAAAUUAACACGUCGACGGGCGCCAUUUCAGUCAUUCAGAGUCCCAGCCAACUCGAGAAAGAAGUGUAUGAACUGAAAGUCCAGGUGUCAGAAGUCGGUUCUGAGGGCGCCAAAGAGGCCCACGCGCUGACCACCGUAACCAUCAGAGUGGUCGACCUCAACAACCACCCUCCCACAUUCUAUGGAGAAGAUGGGCCCCAGGACCGAUUUGAGCUGACCAUGUAUGAGCACCCCCCGGAGGGAGAGAUCCUAAGGGGCUUGAAGAUCACCGUCAAUGACUCUGACCAGGGUGCCAAUGCCAAGUUCAGCCUGAAGCUGGUGGGGCCCGGGGGCAUCUUCCGUGUUGUCCCUCAGACCGUCUUGAACGAAGCACAGGUCACUGUCAUUGUGGAGAACUCGGCCGCCAUUGAUUUUGAGGAGUCCAAGGUGCUGACCUUCAAGCUCCUGGCAGUGGAAGUGAGCACCCCAGAGAAGUUCAGCUCCACAGCUGACAUUGUGAUCCAGCUCCUGGACACCAACGACAACGUCCCAAAGUUCUCCUCAGAUUUCUACGUUGCCCGCAUCCCGGAGAACUCACCAGGGGGUUCCAACGUGGUCGCCGUCACGGCAACCGAUCCAGAUUCAGGACUCUGGGGUGAAGUCAAAUACUCUGUUUAUGGAACGGGGCCUGAUCUCUUCCUGAUCCACCCUUCCACGGGGAUCAUCUACACCCAGCCAUGGGCCUCCUUGGAUGCCGAAAUCACCUCCAAGUACAAUUUCUACGUGAAGGCAGAAGAUGCGGAGGGCAAGUCCAGCCUGGCGGAGGUGUUCGUCACGGUGCUCGACGUCAAUGACCACUGCCCGGAAUUUGACGGGAGCAUCCAGGAGAAGACCAUGACCCUUGGGAGCCCUGUGAAGAUAGAGGCUACAGAUCACGAUGCCGAAGAGCCGAACAACGUCAUCGACUAUGCCAUCAUGCAAGCUGACCCUGCCAAUGUGUUCGACAUAGACCAGAGCACAGGGGAGAUCAAGUUCAAGUCCUACAUCCGUUCCCUGGACAUCAUCCACAACAUCACGAAGAACAAAGACUGCAUCUGGUCCGUGGUGGUUCAGGCCAAGGACAGGGGCUCCCCAUCCUUCAGCACUACGGCCGUGCUGAAGAUCGACAUCGCCGAGGAGACGCUCUCCAAAGGACCCAUGGCUGCCUUCUUGAUGCAAAGUAAAGACAACCCCAUGAAAGCAGUGGGUGUGCUAGCUGGCAUCAUGAGUUCCCUGGUCAUCGUCACCGUUGUCAUCUCCACCGCCAUGUUCUGGCGCAACAAGAAGUCCAACAGAAUCCUGCCCGUGCGCCGAAUCAUCCGGAAGAGGCCGAGCCCACCCCCCCGCAGCAUCAGGACUGAGUGGCUGAAAUUCAAGAGGUCACACGCCGCCAGCCGAUUCGCCCCGGAGGACCCCCCGGAGGCCGGCCAAUCGAACGGGAACGGCAACAACAAUGGCCCACCUUCGGCCCCGGCCCCACCCCCUCCGCUACCCACCAAGCCCGUGUUCGGCCCCCCGGGAUGGGAGGGUGGCACCCCGGGGUGGGCGGUGCCCACAGUCUCUGGAUCUCUGACCCCCAAACGCUCGAGUAAUUUCAUGAAGAAGAUGGCUGCCGGCAACCCCGUCCAGUCGGCCCUGGUGUCCGAGCUCAAACGGAAGUUUGAAAGGAGCACGGCCCACAGCAAGUCUUCUUUGUAAAGUGUCCCUGGGCUCGUGGGUAGAUGCCUCCCCCUUGCACCACCCCUGCGGACUUGGGAAAUCAAUCCCACCUCUCUCCUCUCCCCUUCACACAGCGUUGAUUGACCUCAGAGCAUCCGUCCCAUUACCGGGAUUAGUGUUUACCUUCCUCUCCAACAUUUUGAGCCUAUCCGUUCCCUUUUGCCAUGGAACCAUGUCAGGGACAGCCCGUUCUGUUGAUGGUGUUAGCUGGAUUUUAUCCUGAUGGUUUGUGAACCAUGAUGGCCUCACUCCAUGGAGGCUCAGGGAAAUGCCCUCUGCACCACUAAAGUGCGGCACUUCUGAGAAUUCGUCCUGGACCAUUCCAGCAGUUUGUGACCUGAGGCCGACAUUUCCCCCGGGGAGACACUCCAGGGUGGAGCUGCUCUAUGGCAUUCCAUUGUUCCUGACUGGGCCCCGGAGCCUCUUCAUGCCACAGCCAGAAAUUCCCCAUGUCCGUGCAACCCAACGAAUGUCCAGACUUCAGCUCGUUGUCCGUGUGUGUCCCCGUGGACCUGGCAGAGAGAGGCAUGGGUCAACAGGACUGCAAAUGAAGCACUUCUGCCAUUACCUUCCUCAGCCCCUGCUCCCCACACGGCCAUACCGGGCGAAUGGAAAGUGGAAUGACUCCAGGAAACACCAGCCCUCUCAGCGAUUUGAAGGAUGACUUCCUAGACUCGAUUGUGCAGCCCUUUAAAUUGGCAGCUCUCCUCUAAACCCUUGUUAAGUGGGCUCCUUCCACUUAACUCCAUCCACACUGAGGCUCCAUCCCCCUCUUCGCCUCAGUUUCAGGGAAUUGAAGCAGUGAUCAGAUUUUCUGGCCAGGAGAUCAAUUUUAGGGAAGGUUCCAUCUUUCCCUGGGGAGGAAGUGUGCACGGCUCUGCAUAGUGUUGGACCCCUGGCAAUAAUUUUCCCAGUAUCUUAGACCCCCCCCAUCAGUGUUCAUGUUAGAUGCUCAAGGGGCAAAUUUUGAGCACAGCUAGGGUAGAGAAGGGGAUAAGCCUGGCUCUUAAAAUCCUCUCUUGAA